CUAUCUUAGCCUCCGGUUUAUCAUGUUUCUGUAUAUGAAUGUGAUAUCAGAAACUGUUUGAGGCCAAAAAACAUCGAAAUUUAAUGUACUCUAGUUCGUGACGUUAUCAACAGUUUGGGUAACUCUGACUCACUGUUUCUAUUACAGAAAAUUAGCCGUAAUUUCAGUACGUCAAAGUUAUAUAAAUGACUCAAGUAACAGUAUUGUGACCAGGAGGAAAAGUUUUGCUUCUGCUUCUCCGUACCUGUAUUAAAUAAUCAGGUCAUUACCAGAACUCUGGAGAUCUUGACUUCAAAGGUGGUAAUUCAGUCGUUUGAUCGAGAGGCAGAAAGUGACCCAGAGGGAUAUUUGCCUGCCCUGAAGCAACUCUCAAUGGAUUCUAAAGCAGAGUCUGAGACAGCCCUCUCCUUUUCUGCUCUUGAAGACCCUGCUUCAGAACAGAAGCUUUUUCUGUCCAGCUCUCACAGUCAAACAGAAGGUGGAGCGCCAAUUUUAGUCCAGCUGUUGGAGUUUAAAACUGACCUCCAGGAUGUCGUCGAAGAGCUGCAUAUUCGAAGGGAUGCAGAGACGCGCUUUGAGGAUGAGAUCAGUAAGCUUGCGCUGGAGAAACAGGAGCUGGAGUGGGAAAAGGAAUCCCUUCAACAUAAAAUAGAAACCAUGACAAAGCAGCACACUGCCUCGCUCGACUCUGUGAAAAAAAGGUUUCAAGUCAAAUUACAACACACUGAGGAGGAGAAGGGGAAAUACCAGGUCAGUGCAGAGUUAAAGGACAAGGAGAUUAACAAUUUAAAGGAAGAGCUGAAGUCAUUGCAGUUGCUGAAAUACAACUUGGAGAAGAAAUCGAGUGAGCUGGAACAGAAGCUAGCCCUGCAGAGUCGCGCAAAGGACAGCCACCUGAAGCAACUGGCAGAGGUGGAGAAAAGAUUCAGUGCUCUUUCCAGACAGUGCGCUAUGGUCAAACAGGCUCAUGACAAACUGGUGCAGAACGUUGAUGAGGCCAUGAAGAUAAAUAACAAGUUGACUUCUGCCAGAGAAAAACAAGAAGGAAUCAUUGAUUCACUUAAGAAGGAGUUAGAGGAAGUCUGUAACAAGCUCAUAAAAGAAAAGAUGAACUCAGUCAGACAUGAGAAGAUCCAGAGUCGUUUAGGGAGGGAACAGCACAUACAGGAGCUGCAACAAAAACUCCACAUGGAGUCUGAAAUAAACAAGAAACUCCGGGAGGAGAAUGUUGCUGAACGAGCAGAAAAGCAGAAGUUGAUGAGGUCCCUGCAGCACAACCAGCAGCUGUUGUUGAGUCAGACACAGACCGUAAGGAGAAUCGAACAGGAGCUAGAGAGUCAAACAGGGAUGUUCAAGGCCCUUAAGCAAGAACGCGAAGUGAUGCGAGAGAAUAGAAAGACAAUGGAAGACAAAGUGGCUGAACUGACAGAGAGCUACGCUGCUUCCAAGAUGAACUGGGACAAAGAGAGAGAAACAUUACUGACUCAAAUUAAGAAUGAGCAGUCAGACUUUCAAACCUUGAAAGAAGCUUGUGAAGGCUUUGAGCUGAAAUGCGCGGACCUGAUCUUACAGGCCAGCUGUCAAGCACAGCAAGCCGGGAAACCACCGAUGAAAGACAACAGUCAGAGUCCUCUUGUGGUGACCCAGCUCAGUCCUUUCAGCUCAGUCUUGGAAAGAUUCAGAGCUGAGGAAACUGCUAAGGAACCAGAAUCUAGCUCUCAGCUGCCUGACCUCGACAGUCUGCAGUGCGCUGCUUCCUCUCAGGCCAAAAUCCAAGAUUGUCUGAAGGACACAGGAACAGCUUCAAAGCUUGCUGCUACUGGAGCAAAUGGAGGUCAAGACGAGGUGAAUCAUCAGCAAGAAAUUAUUAAACAGUUAUCAUAUUUCACAAGCAGCGUCCCUGAUAACUCUGAAAAAAACACAGAAACCGCUGGUACAAGUGACUUAAUUGGACUUGAUCAGGGUUUCCUGAGUAAAUCUACCUGCGUCAGUACAUCAAACCCUGGGUGCGCUUCACUGAAUGGAUCUACAGAAUUAUUUGAAUAUGAAACAUGUGAAGAGAACAUAAAAGGAAAUAAUCAGAAACAUGAGAGAGGGCAGAAUAACAAAAAGGAAACCAACAUUACAGAACAGGAGGUAUUUCAAGAAAAUGUGGAAUGUGAAAGAAAUGCUGCAGAAGAAAGAACAACCCCAGUUCAAAUGGCAGAUAGUACAGACAUGCACAGGGAUUCUGAGGGGUCAGCAAAGGCGACAGAGAGGACCAGUUACCCAGAAACAGAAACAAGAGCUAGAGGUGAGGGAGAAGUAACAGAUGGAGUAAAAGAGAGAGGAGAGUCAGCAAAGCAUGCAUCAGAAAGUCCAGAAACACAGAUACCAGCUCUCACGACUGCUGAUAUGACUGAAACGAGCCUCGGCAGGCAGGUCAAUGACUUCAUGGAUACUGAGCCGCCGUCAACUGUCUGUGAACCCCUUAACUCCACAGAACGUGUUUCUCUAAAAACCACAGAGAAGGAUGGAAAUGUAAACAGUGAAUUUACUGUCAGCACAAAUGAACACAAAGUGACUUCAGAUCAAUGCAGCAUCAGUGCUGAAGAUGAGAUACAUAUCUUAACCACAACGGAUCGGACGUCUUGUCUUGAAGUUCAGUCGAUCACACUUUGUCAGAUUCCAGGAGAUGAGAACCCAUCCAGGGAAACAUUGGGUGCUUUUCCUGCUGAAUGCGCCUUCCAGACGAAUCCUGCUGGAGAGUUAAAGCAAGAAAACAAAGUCCAGGUGUGCCAAACAAACCAAACUGAAAUUGGAAGAUAUAAUCCUCCACACGUCAACGCCGAUAUGACCCAAACAGAUGAAAAUACUGAUGCACCUGUCAGUAAAGAGUCUGAGUUAAUGAGAGAACCACCGCCGGAAAUUUCAACGAAGGAGAGUGUGCGGCUGACGUCUGCUGUGGCUAAUGAUGAAGAUGAUGCACAAAAGAGGAAGUGGAUUCAGCCAAAUGUAAACACAUGUGAAACUGUACAUAUACCUUCAUCAACAUCCUGUUUAAAGGAUGUAUCCAUGGAGGCGAUCCUUCUACCAGAUGUUUCAACUGAAAACAUUCAGGAGGAAACAAAAACCAACACACCGAAGGAUCCUGGACUUAAAGAAAUAACCCAAGACAAAGGCGAUUUGAAUCUCUCUAUUCUGCCAAGUCAUGACAAUAAUGGAUGGCCAGAGCUUGACCGUUUACAGCUUCACCAUAAGAGACCUAAUGCUUCGUUUGAUUUGUCCCCGAUGAGCAGAAAGCCCUGCAGGUCUCUGUUUGACUGGGGGGCAGCUCAGAGAAAACGGUUCUGCUCUGGACCAAAGUCAGAUGGAUGCGGCCUGCUACAGUUAAACCAGGCUCCCGAUGUGUCUCAAACAGAUAGUACAGGGCAUUCCCACAGCACUAUACCCAUGUUCAACGAAAGCAAGCAGAACAAAGUCCCCUUGCUCAUAAUGAGAGCAUCUGAUCUAUUCAAUGUUUCUGGAGCUACAUCCUCUUUGACGGGUCAACAGAGGGGAGAAAACUGCAGAGAGGAACCAGCAGAAAUGGACAAGACACUUUCUUUGUCCAUCAGUUCUUUUCCACUCACUCUCUCCUCUAAUACAAGCAGCAAAGGUUCACUGCAGACCAACCUGGAGUGUAGCAAAGCUCAGAGCUCAGCUCCAGUUACAAGGUCAGAGUCGGAGUGGGAUGUGUCCUGUUCCCAGGAGAGGGAAACCCAGCAGUCUGCUUUCAGAGCACAGAUCUCUAAGAUCGAACAUUUUCUCAACAGCGAGAGGCUUCGACUGUCCAAAAGACGACGAACUGACAGCUGAACAAAACUGAUGUAUCCACAAGUUUAACAAGUUGGUUCAUUUUUCGUGUCUUAGGUUUAAAUAUUAAUAAGUAAAACUUUUUUUUGUUCUAAAAUCCUAUUUUAGUUUAAAGCAUACAUGAGUAAACAAAUUUUUGCUUUGUAACUUUACACAUUAACAUUAGUAUAUAAAAUUUUGCUUUAUCCUCAGAACUCGGUGCUGUUCAUUCGUUGUUGUCAGGUUUGGGCAACUGCUUCAGGAGGAAGGCAGUAUUGAUACAACUAGAAGUUUAAGCUAAUGUUUGGAUAAGGUUUUGUGUGUUUUCAUAAGUUGAAUUUGAAGCAGAACUUUGUGAAUCAUUUUACUCUGCAUAAUUUAAGAACGUUCUUAAUGCUGUUUUUUUUGUUAGUAGUGGGUUUUGUAGCCACCAAUGCCUUGUUAAAGGAAGUAGCCUGAUAUAAAAGGGUAUAAAAAGAUAGUGAAAAUGUAUUUUUAUCUCUGAAUAAGCCUAAAUUAUUUCAAAGUAAACAGCCCAGUCAUGUUACCACAGAACAAAAGUGGUUAGGGGAAAAAAAAAAGAUUCUACAAGCAAUUAACACAUUAAUUAAUAUGGCAAUUAACAUUAACCUCAUAUCCUCAGAGGAGCUUUAAAUGUGAAGGAACCUUUAGUCUAAAUCCGUGCAGUUGUUGUUGUUAAAAGUGAAAUUAGAUGUUGGAACACAACUGGUAACACCUAUUAAUGCUAAUUAAGAGACACAACCAUAGAGGUAACAAUUAGCACCGAAUACACGAACCCUAAUUAACAGAAAUCAAUUAGGGAACAUACAGACCAAUUAGCUCACUGUAAUUUGCAUCUCAUUAACUUUAUGUUCCUGUUGUGAAAUAUAAAGACCAUGAAGCACAGACAGCUGGCUUCUCCUUGGUAUGAUUGCUCUUUAUCUUUGUCGCAUUCUAGACGAUUUUCUCGGAUUUUGUUUCAGUA